UGAAUCUACUGUUUGAGGGGAACCAUCUACUCACUUCCUACUCGCACCGAACUGUCCUUUUCAUUCCGCUACAACAGAACAGGUCUUUCACACGCCUGGACACUUCAAGGGGACCAUUUAUCAAUUCAACCAUCACCAUGGGACUAGCAAAUGAUCCAAACUACCAGAAACUUGAGCAGUGGUACAAAUCAAAGGCAGGAAAUCUGAAUAUGAGGAGCAUGUUUGAUGCUGACGAAGCUAGAUUCAGCAAAUUCAGCACAACCCUUGAGACAGACGAUGGAGAAAUUCUGCUGGAUUACUCCAAGAAUCUCAUCAAUGAGGAAGUCAUGCAGAUGCUUCUGGCAAUGGCCAAGUCGAGGGGAGUAGAGGACGCAAGAGAAAAAAUGUUCUCAGGAGAAAAGAUCAACUUCACUGAGGGCCGGGCUGUGCUCCAUAUUGCGCUGCGUAAUCGCUCCAACGCUCCCAUAAUCGUAGACGGGAGCGACGUCAUGCCAGAGGUCAACAGGGUUCUGGACAAGAUGAAGGCCUUCUGUCAUAAAGUCCGCAGUGGAGAGUGGAAGGGUUUCAGCGGGAAGGCCAUCACUGAUGUGGUCAACAUUGGGAUCGGUGGCUCUGACCUGGGUCCCCUGAUGGUGACUGAGGCCCUGAAGCCAUACUCCGAAGGCGGGCCCAAUGUUUGGUUUGUCUCCAACAUCGAUGGCACGCACAUGGCCAAGACCCUGGCCAAGCUCAACGCAGAGACCACUCUCUUCAUCAUCGCCUCAAAGACAUUUACCACCCAGGAAACCAUCACCAACGCUGAGUCUGCCAGGGAGUGGCUCCUCAAGACAGCCAAUGACCAAUCUGCCGUGGCCAAGCACUUUGUGGCGCUUUCCACAAAUGCACCCAAAGUGAAGGACUUUGGCAUUGAUACAAACAACAUGUUUGAAUUCUGGGAUUGGGUUGGAGGACGCUAUUCACUGUGGUCAGCCAUUGGUCUGUCCAUUGCACUGCACAUAGGCUUUGAGAACUUUGAGCAGCUUCUCUCUGGAGCUCACUGGAUGGACAAUCACUUCCACAGUGCCCCCUUGGAGCAGAACGUCCCGGUGCUUCUGGCCAUGCUGGGCGUCUGGUACGUCAACUUCUUCCAGGCCGAGACCCACGCCAUGCUGCCCUACGACCAGUACAUGCACCGCUUUGCUGCCUACUUCCAACAGGGUGACAUGGAGUCGAACGGGAAGUACAUCACUAAGGAUGGUGCUCGUGUUAACUACCAUACUGGACCAAUCGUGUGGGGAGAGCCAGGAACCAAUGGGCAGCAUGCCUUUUACCAGCUGAUCCACCAAGGCACCCGUAUGAUUCCUGCUGACUUCCUCAUUCCUGCCCAAUCACAGCACCCCAUCCGAAACAACCUGCAUCACAAGAUCCUAAUGGCUAACUUCCUGGCCCAGACAGAGGCCCUGAUGAAGGGGAAGACAUCUGGUGAGGCCAAGAAGGAACUGGAGGCCACUGGCCUGGCAGGACCUGCCCUGGAGAAGCUGCUGCCUCAUAAAGUAUUCCAAGGGAACAAGCCCAGUAACUCUAUCGUCUUCAAGAAGCUGUCUCCCUUCAUGCUGGGAGCCCUGGUUGCCAUGUACGAACACAAGAUCUUUGUUCAGGGAGUAGUGUGGGACAUUAACAGCUAUGACCAAUGGGGUGUUGAGUUGGGGAAGCAACUGGCCAAGCAGAUCGAACCUGAGCUGCAGGACAAGUCUGAGGUUCACUCCCACGACUCCUCCACCAACGGGCUCAUCAACUUCCUCAAGAAGAACUCUGCCUGAACCUCCCACUUCCUCAUCCAUGACCUUUGAACCAUAUGAGAAUCCAUUGGCUGAACCAUCAUGUCCUCCCCACAUAGCCCCAUCACCCUACCAGAACCAGCACUUUAUGUUUUGUGAUCACCAAUCUGUUUAUUUGAGUGUUUCUUGUGCAUGGUGAGAUGGUAUUAUGUAGAUGUGUAACCUGAAAAUGGAUUAUACAACUGAUCAUUUCAGGCAAAAGCUAAACUAACCUUCAAUGUGCAGAUACUACUAUACGUGUCUUUGCACCCCCCACCCUUCACUUUAAACCUAGUAGGCACUGACUUACCAAUAAAUGUCAUAAUUGUCACUUUA